UGGUCUCCACCACCACGGCAGGAUUGGCGGGACUGCUGGCACAUUAAGCGACCUGCAGGCCAGGCUGAAACCUACAGACCCAGUUUUUGGAAUUCUGUCACAACUUUUAUUACAGCUUAAGCUAUACAACGUUGCUGCUGGCAGUGUGGUGAUAUCCAGGACUGGUCAUCCCGAGGGGUUAGAAGAGCAGGUCUCACUCUGAAUCUAUCCUUCUAAAGAGCUGCAUGGCCACGUACCAGUUUGCAGACACCAAGCAGGAUCUACCAGACUUCUCCAGAGGGGUCAUGGAGGAAACUGAGGUGUGUUCUGUACCUGGUGGAGUUGCUAGCAUUCGCAAACAGUUUGAGAAAAAUGAAACUUCCUCUUCAAACACUGUUACUCAAUUCAACUCCACACACAGACCUGUGCAGGUCUCACAUCAGGAAAUGGAUAGCACUGCUGAGAAUCACUAUGGGGAAGAUGAAGAAUACUACCCAAAACUAUCAGCCAAGGAACUGGCACGGCAGUUUGAGAAAACGAUUGAAGAAGCGGCUCCAUAUAAGAAAAUCAAGACUGAACACUACAACCACCAUUCUCAGCAGACUUCACACGUAAAUGUUUCCGAUCAGACUUUUAAUGGUGAGCUACCUGGAUUAUCAAAAGAUACAGUAGAUUCUGCAACAGCCGAAGCAGAGGAUUUAGAAUUUAUCGAUGAUAUUAGUGAUGACUUCUUGGAUGAUUUACCUCCACCACCUCCUGACUUACUCGAGGACCUCCCUGAGGACCCAGAUUUCCCAGAGCCCACCGAACCAACAAACUUUAAAAAGCAAUUCCUCACCAAAGAUCAACACCUAAAACAGAAAGAACUGCUGGAACUGAAGCGUCUGUGCAAGCACUUUCAUCCUGAUGUCAGAAAAGACCUGGAGAGAGAUUUUUAUAAUGAGGUAGAUUAUACAGAUCAUGAGGAGCUGGUGGGUGAGGUGCAGAAUGCUACAUACCAGUUUGAGCACAGUGAAAACAGCACUACCAAAAGCCUGGAAGCAGAAUAUCUGGAAUGGGAUGAGAUCCUGAGAGGUGAGGUUCAGUCCAUGUGCUGGAUGUUUGAGAAUAAACCUCUUGAUUGCAUUAAGAACUCUUCCGAUGAAGAUGAGGGCAGCAAAAUGAGAUCUUAUGAAGAACUCUUAGCUGGCGGUGAUGUGAAAAAUACUGCUUUGCUGUUUGAGACUCAACCCAUAGAUACUUUAAGGCAAGGUUCUGCAAAAAAAGAUCCUUACAACAAAAUAAGUAAAAAAGAUGUUCGUGCAGCAGCCUGGUUGUUUGAAUCACAGCCAAUGGACUCUCUGCAUAAGAUGUAUGAUGACACUGAGCAAAGCAAAGAGGUUGUGUUCACACAGGAAGCAGCCCGGGGCAAUUUGAGAUGUAUGCAGCAUGUGUUUGAAAACCAGCAAAUUGAUUCACUGGGUGAUACUGAAACCAUGGAUGAAAAUCACCUUCUAAGUCUGAAAUCUGUCAUAGAAGAGAUCAAAGAUGAUGUAAAAGUAACGGUCUGGAUGUUUGAGACCCAGUGCAUGUGUGUUUUAAGGGAGCACUCAGGUCAAGUAGUGGAAAUUACCAGCAUUCGCAGAGAAGAAACCGAGAAAGGCGGUGUCAAAACGUCUCGGUGGCUUUUUGAGACACAGCCUCUUGACAUAAUUAAUAAAGAUCCUUCAGAGGUUCGACUGAUCUCCAGUGUUUCACUGGAGGACAGUCCUCAAGAUGAUUUAAAAAGGGGACGAUGGUUGUUCGAGACAAAAAAUCUAAGCUCCUCAAAAGAGGAGUGGCAAACAAUACUUAUGCAGCAGAAAGAGGUGAUCAUCAGGGCAGAUGUUCGUAAACAAUGCACAAUGUUUGAGACUCAGCCUAUGGAUAAGCUAAAAGAUGAUUCCAACUCCAGACCCAUCACUACUGAGAUUAUUGGUGGUGAUGUACGAUCUGUAAGACAUCUGUUUGAAACACCCGCCUUGAACACAAUAAAAGAACUACCAGAAGUGGGGAAGCUGAAGAAAAAGUUGCCCCCAGAGGAAAAGAUGUGGGAUUUAAGACACCAAAAUUGGGUGCUUGAAAAGCAGCCUUCAGACAGCAUCCACAAUGAGGAGGAGGAACCUGUAAAGCUAAAUAAAAUAGUGGCUUCCGAUGAAGAAAGGGGUGAUGUGAGACACCAGAAAUGGCAAUUUGAAAACCAAAAACUCGAGGAUAUCCAAGAGGAAAAGAAAGAAGUGAUUAAACUGAUCAAUACUGAACAAACAAAUGAAGAGUGUUACAAAGGUGAUGUGAAGAAGAGUUGCUGGGUAUUUGAGACUCAGUCCAUGGACACUUUGAAAGAUCAUUCAAAUGACAUACCAGUGAACAAUGAGGAAAUGAUCAAAGGGGAUGUUCAAAGUGCCAGGCAAUUUUUUGAAACACCUCCACAAGAUGAGUUACGGGAACUUGGAGAGGUUGGAAAACUCAAAAAAAGGAUCACAAAUGAGGAAGAAACGGGGGAUGUCCGACACCAGAAGUGGGUGUUUGAAAGCCAGCCACUGGAACAGAUCAGAGACGAGAAAAAGGAAAUAAGUAGAACAGUGAUUGUAGAUGAAAAUGAGAAAGUGGAUGUUGCAAAUUACAAGCAAAUCUUUGAAACCUAUGAUUUGAGUAGAUAUAAUGAAAAUCAAAAGAUUCAAGUUGAAGGUGUGACUGUAGGCUCGGUUAAAUCCAACAAAGAUCUUUUUGAAUCUACACCAAUGUAUGCAAUGCAGGAUAGUUUGGGCCACUACCAUGAAGUGAAAACCGUGCUGCGUGAAGAGAUCGUGAAAGGAAAUGUUAAAAGCUGCAAGUGGAUGUUUGAAACCCGUCCUAUUGACCAGAUGGAUGAAAGCGUAAGCCGAUUGCAAGUGAUUAAAGGCAUCACACAGCAAGAGGUUGAAUCAGGUGAUGUUAAAACAGCCAAAUGGCUUUUUGAGACACAGCCUCUUGAUUCCAUCAAAUACUUCAGCAAUAUUGAAGAUGAAGAGUGUGUUAUUAAAGAGGCGACUGAAAUUGUCAAAGGUAAUGUUAAGACCUGCAAGUGGCUGUUCGAGACUAAACCAAUGGAUGUCUUGUAUGAAAAGGUUGAGCUCAAGAGUGAAAAUGAAUCUAACGAGGUUCAGAAAGGUAAUGUAAAAACUUGCACCUGGCUCUUUGAAACUCAGGCCCUCGACACCAUCAGAGAUGAAUCAGAGAAUGUACUGCAGACAUGCACCGUAAAACAAGAGGACAUUCAGGGGAAAGAUGUACGCAUGGCUCGUUUCCUCUUCGAGACAGAGAACAUUGAGAACAUUACCGGGGAAGAUGGAUGCACUAUUAAGCAAGUGACUGAGAUUGAUAUUCAGUCUGGUGAUGUAUCACGAAUGAAAUAUAGAUUUGAUACCCAAUCGGCCGAUGUCAUGACCUCAACCUCAGAGGAAUUCAUGCAUCAACUAAGAACUGCCCAGGCUGAGGACAUUCAGAAGGGAAAUGUGGGCAACUGCAAGUGGCGCUUUGAAAACCAACCCAUAGAUGCAAUUCAUGAAGACCCGAAUGAAUUGAAGGAGAUUCGCACUUUGACUGAUGUUCAGGGAGGUGAUGUUGAUAAGGGCCGUUUAAUUUUCGAGACCUAUUCAUUAGAUAAAAUUCAGGAGGUCUCCGCCGACUCGGAGACAAAAAAUCUGCAGAAAGUCGUUUUUGAAGAUGACGAGAAAGGAGACGUUAAAAACUACGCCAUGAUGUUUGAAACUCAGCCACUUUAUGCCAUCCAGGACAAAGAGGGGCAUUACCAUGAAGUUACCACACUCACUAAAGAAGAAAUACUGAAAGGGGAUGUAGUGGGUGCUCGAUGGUUAUUUGAAACAAAACCUAUUGAUUCAAUCAGGGAUGAUGAUGAAGUGUAUGUCAUAAAAUCUGUUACUGAGGAGGAUAUUCAGAAAGGUGAUGUCACCUCAGCUAGGUGGAAAUUUGAAACCCAACCCCUUGACAAGAUUACUGACGACAAAGAAAUAGUUGUUAAAACUGUGGAAGACAUCAAAGGGGGCGAUGUCAAGGCAAACAAAUUACAUUUUGAAUCUGAGCUGCCGUCCCAAAAGUUAGUCCGAACUGUUAGCAUGACUGAGAUUCAUAAAGGGGAUGUUAGGGCAGCUCGGUGGAUGUUUGAGACAAGCACUAUUGAUCAGAUCCAUAAUAAAAACUUAGAAGACAAAAUGGAGACGGUUGUUUUGCAAGAACACGUCAAAGGAGACGUAAAAGAGUCUGUGUGGCUUUUUGAGAAGAAUCCACUUGAUAGCAUUAAAGAGAACAAGGAGAGUAAGCCACUCAUCCGUGAAGAGAUUCCCAAGGGAGAUGUGAAAACAACAACUUGGCUUUUUGAAACUACUCCAUUUCCUGCCUUCAAUGAGAGCAAUGUAGUAAAGACUGAAAUUAUUGGGAAAAAUAUAAAAGAAACCCUUGAUGAGCUGUACAGUCACAAAAUGGUAGAAUCCAAGGGGAUAAUAUUAGAGACUGAUGAGAUUGGGGAUGUACGCAUGGCUAAGUAUAAUCUGAUGAAUAAAGAGGCUCCACAGAUUCAAAAAGAAGAAAUCAUUAAAGGAGAUUUGCAGAACAUUAUGAUGAACCUCCUUUAUAGACAAGAGACAAAUGAGAAAAGCAUUGUUAUAGAUGAACAUGAAAAAGGCAAUAUUGUUAAUACGGUGCAACAGUUGUUUAACCAAAAGACUGACACCAAUGUAGAAAAAGAAGAGAUUAUCCGAGGGGAUAUUCAAGAAGCUGUAAACAACUUGCUGAAAGAGGAAAAUACAGGCAAACGUGGUAUUCUUAUUCAGGAGGAUGAGAAGGGAGAUGUCUGCAUGACCAUUUAUUCUCUUUUUAAUAAACAUAAUGAUGCCCUAAUUGAAAAGGAAGAGGUGGUCAAAGGCGAUAUUAAAAGCUGUCUGGAAAAACUUAACAACCCGGACACAGAACAGUUUGUGAAAAUUCAGGUGGAUGAAACAGAGAAAGGACAGGUGAAUUUUUAUUCCACCUGUAUUGAGUCAGGAUCUCUGGACUACCUGAAACAGCUCCAGCAAGAGCCAGAUGAGACAGAAACAAGCAAACAAGAAAAGGAGGAAAUCGUUGGUGGUGAUAUCGAAGGGACAAAACUAAGCCUCAUGCAUAAUCAAGCCAAAAUCUGUCGUCUGGUAAACACUGAAGAAAUUGUACCUGGAGAUGUACAUAAUACGGUCAAGGUGUUCUUGACAGAACCUCCUGUCUCAUUUGAGAAUCUUCAGAAAGAAGAGAUAGUAGGAGGUGAUUUAAGGGCCACUCUGAACUCACUGACACAGUGCAUAAAUCAGCCAGACAUUCUGGAGAAAGAGGAGAUUAUAAAAGGUGACAUAUCCACCGCUCUCAAAUCUCUUCAGGAAGCCCAGAAUCAACCUAAAGAAGUUGAGAAGCCUGAAAUAAUUCCUGGCAACAUUAAAGGAGCACUAAAAUCUCUAGAAGACUCAGUUGCAACAAAAGUUGAGAUCCUUACUGAAGAUGUAGUCCCAGGUGACAUAAAAGGUGCAUUACAAUCUUUGGAGGAAGCCAAACAGACAGUGAGAGUGGUGGAGAAAGAUGAAAUUGUGAAAGGCGACGUUAAUUCAGCCUUGCAGAGUCUACAAGAGGCCUCUACUGACCGAAAGAUUUGCCAGCAAGAGAUAGAAGUCCAAGGAGAUGUGAAAGGAACAAUUCAGCUCCUACUGGAACCUCCUCCUUCUUCCCCCAGAAUGCAGCGCAGGGCAAGUACAGAGGGCGAUGUGAAACAUUCAAUAAAAUCACUGUAUGAGACACAAGAACAUGAGCAGUCCGAAAAAGAAGAGGUAAUAAAAGGAGAUGUCAAAGGCACAAUAAAAUGCUUGUUAGAAACAGCACAACGAGCAAGUCCAAAGAUUCCCAGGAGAGAACCGAUUAGAAAGGUUAAGACUCCCAAAGUUAAAGUGCAAUCUCCUACUCAACAAGAGGUCCAGUCACAAAAAUCUGCCACGGCAGUAAAGAAGGUUACCAACAAUAGUGAGUCACAGAAGAAUGUACAAGAACUUGUAAGCACUAAAACAAUGCAAGAGAAGAAAACUCAUGUGACUAAAAAGAAAGCAAACACACAAGCAUCCAAGACCACCACAGUGGAACACAAAACGAUAUAUCAGACCCAUGAGGUUAAGACAAUAAAGACUGAAUUCCGCAAUCUUAAAGGUGGUCGUAAAGGCUUGAUCAGGUUAGAUAAAACCAAAGACAAAAAGCAAGAGGUCGAUUUACCACCCCCACCAAGUAUGCCUGUUUUACCUGAACCUGACUUUCCAUUACCCCCCUCUCCUUCUCCAGAUUUUGAAAGUCUUCCUUUUCCUUUGCCCCCUCCUGUUACUAGGGCUGAUAAUGACCUACCUCCCCCACCUAGUCCUCCUCCACCUCUCAGUGAACCGGAAAAAUCCAGCAUUGAUCAUUUACCUCCUCCACCUACUCCUCCACCUCCACCUGCAAUGGAACAAGAAUUCCUUCCUCCUCCUCCAUCUCAGCAAGAGCUAGACCUCAUUCCUAUUAUUACACCAGUAAAGCCUACCAAGCUAACAGUAAAGCCAGUCAAAGCUCCGGCUCUGUGUAAAGUGCCAAAGCUGAAACCAGUCAUACAACUUAAUAAUACUGAUAUUAAGGCCCAAACAGAUUCUCAAGGGCCCAUAAACACUGAAAUACUUACAAAUAUCAGCUCAACACAGUCACAGAGUAUUUCAUCAGUCUCUUCUAGUCUGAUCUCAUCUGAGAUCCAGUCAUCCAUUAUAACGGAGCCACCUGGGUCUCCAUAUCAGACAAAGAAAAUUGUCGUUUACAUGGGUCUCACCCCGCCGGCAUCACCACCCCCACCAAGCCAAUCAGCCAUAAGCAAAGGUAAAAACGCAUUAAUAAAAUCUGACCAGAAGUCCAAAGAGGAGAAAAAAGAAAUCCAAGCACCACCCAGCUCCCCAGGCUUUGAAAUUCACAAGCAUGAGUUAAUCAGCCCAGCCCUCCUCAGCUUUUCCUUAGAAUGUACAAGCUCAGCACAGUCUGAAGAAAGUGCCUCAGAUAUCACCCAAAUUAAAACCAAAAAAAAGACGACCAAAGUCACAUCACACACAGAGUCGUCUAAUUCAUCUAAGACUGACACUCUGUCAGAUGUUCCAGAAAGCAAGACAUUAAUCUCUACCAAAAAUAGAAAAUCUCCUGUUGACAUUUCCUCAGAUAAACAGCACAUCAUUACUAAUCAGACACCUUCCAUUCAGCAGCAGGCCACACCUACCACUUCAAAAAAGAAGAAAAAAUACAGAUCCAUGACAACUAAUAUCCAACAAAUAACCUCUACCUCUGUUACCGAGUCAGAGAUAAUCAUUAGCAAGGGCGAACAGGCAUCUACCAGUGUUCCAAUAACUGGAACAAAAGAUCAUCCAGCUAUCUUUACCAGCGAGUCACUGAGUAGUGAGAUAAAAGCUGACAAUGAAGAAAUUAUAAAUACUCAAUUGACAGACAAAUCCGAAAAUGAGAAAGGUAAGAAAACCUUUGUCUUUGCAGCAAAAGGUCACGGAAAAGCUUCUCCUGAUCAGGUCAACCAGACAAAGAUAAAUACAGACAGCAAAGCUAUGGAAGCCGAGCAAAAGGUUCAGAAGACAAAAAAAGGUCGCAAGAAAGAUGAAGGUACAGAAAAAAUGGCAGAAGAUAAAUCUCAGAGUGUGACGCUGACAGAGGAAAGUGCCCGGGUUAAAGAUCUCACUGAAAGAAAAGUCACAGUGACAGAGAAUAAAGCAGAAAAACAGGUCACACAGAAGCAAGCAGAGGAAGGUCCGGUCCUGUCAAAGAAAAAGAGGAGGGCUAAACCCAAGAAAGACAAAGAAAUAACUCAACAAACACAAAGUAAUACCACCGUACCUCAGCCUGCUCUGUCCUUAGAGGACAAACACUCAGUCUCAACACCUAAUCAGAAACAAGAAGAAAUCAAAGUGGUGCAGACACAGAAAACCAUUCAAGGAGAAAACAGUGAGUUCCACAAAGAGAUCACAUUCACAGAGAGUAAAGUUCAGCAGCAUCUUCAGCAACAGGCCAUCACUGUAAAGUCUCAAAAACAGACCAAAACCUCUCAGAAAAAGAAAGAGCAAGUUGACAGCCAAAAGAUUACAGGCAAACCUGAAGAUGAAAGCCGAAAUGUGACAGAGGAGCUGACACGACAGGGGCCUUUGAAAACCAUUACAGAGAGCAUGACGGCAUUGGAAAAAUGUGCCACAGCUCAGAAGUUGCUGUCUCAUGUCACAGAGUUACAGGAAACUACAGGAAAAAUUGACUCCAAAAGUGUAAAGACCUUGCUUAAUGAAAUCCCAGAAUGGCUCAUUGGUCCAGAGGAUAAGAAUAGUUUGGUAAUAUUGGAAGAUGAAAACAACACGCAGAAACUCAAAGAAAUUGUUGCUCAUGUACAUAAUCUUGUUCAAGAGAAACUGAUGGAUGUUGAAAGUAAUAUUGCAGCUAUUGAAAAACAUGAAUGCGAGGCUACCUCUGAAAAAAGUGAUUUGGGCAGAGCUACACAAAGAAUCGCGAGGAUUACUAUUGAUUCAAAAAAGGUUGAAACUCAAAAGAAAGAAGUAGACGAGAAAAAAGGGGCCCAUGAAAGUCAAAAGUUGGAAGAGAAGAACAAUAAAUCUUUGGACAUCAGAUCAAGGUCAUCUUCACCCACAUUUAUUACUAUCGAAUCCACAAGAAGAACUGACUCACCACAAAGAGUAGCACCAUCACCUCCACCAAUGCCACCUACUCCUCCACCACGCAGGUCUGAAACACCCACGUCUCGUUUAACUAGAGCCUCUCCGUCACCCACUCGGGGCAGGGCCGACAGUCUGACAAGGCUUAGAGAAGUGACAGCCCGACUCUCUCGUGGACCCUCACCUGAUCCUGGGCCUCAUCCUGUACCAGUUACUGGAAAGAAGUCUGAGAUUGUAGAAAUUCCAGCCACAUUCCACCGCCAAAUCAAAUCGGAUUCCAUGGCUGUGGAGGAAGCAAUUAUUCGGGAGAAGUAUAAGGACAGUUCAGAAGAUGUGGACAAAACAGCAGUCUCAAUUAAGACUCAGGAAAUUGAGUUAAAUAAGACAUUUGCACAAAAAGAUCUCUCCAAGUGUUUAGGGAUUCAAACAAAAGAAUGUUUGAAAAUGCCAGCGAAAGAAGGUCAGCUAGAAGCUAACUGGUCCGCAGAAAAUAAAAUAAACACCAGCAAAGAAUCUACAUAUAACACAAAACAGCCUGGCCAAGAAACAAAACGCCCAGAGUUAGAGAAAGAAAAAGCAACCAAACAAGAGGAUAUACCAGAUUUUAACAUAAGUGUUGUGAAAAACACUUUUGAAACGGAUGAGCAAAGUUCCUCUAUCAAAGGCCGAAAAAACAAACAGGAGGAGCAGGCGUCAAGAGUGAAGGAAAUCACAUCUGAAAGUUCAAAGCACGAGCCUCAGCACACAUUCCCUCAGAGCUCCCAGCAGACCUCUCCUCUGCCUCUGCGCAAAGAAACAACGCUGGAAAAGUCGGUCGAUCCGCCUGGAUUUUCACAGACACAAACCAUUACAGAGCAUUACUCUGCUGUCCAUGAUUCUGGCACGAGGAUAACAGAAACGAGAAGCUCCACGACCAUAUCUAAGCAUUCAGAAAAUGUUGUCUCGCAGAGUGUUCCAAUCUCUUACGCCGAUGCAGUAAAGAAAAAAGCCCCAGAGGCGAAGGUUUCCCCUGAGGCGUCAGCUGAAGAACUGAUGAAAAAAUUCCACAAGAUGUGGACCGACAGUGAGACUGUGUUUAAAAGCCUUGGCUGCAGCGUCUCAGAUCAGAGUUCCCAAGUCGGAGCUGUGCACAGUGUGUCGGAGGAGAGUGUACCCCAUGGAGAGUCUGAUAGCAGACAAAAAGAUGUUCCAUAAAGCCUGUUUUUCCUGUGAAUACUGCAAAAACAAAUUGAGCCUUGGAAACUAUGUCUCUCUCCAUGGACAUUUGUACUGCCUGCCCCAUUAUAAACAACUCUUCAAAUCCAAAGGAAAUUUUGAUGAAGAAUUUGGAUCACAGAAGGAAGGAUUCGACUGGAGGAGUUCCCUUUCACGAAGCAGCAUCACUUCUGUCUCAGACACGUUUGAUAAAGCUGAUCAAAACCCCAAGAAAGUUAAUAAAAAUUUAGCGUGGCCCCCACAAACAGACUCACAGAAGAAGCCCUUGGUCGUUGACCUGGGUGUUCAGUUAGUAAAACCAGAGUGGCCUCCGAAAUGUGAAAGUUUGAAGUCUUCAAAACAACAACGACAUAAAGCAUCACAGAGGAGUACACUUAAAUAAGACGUUUAUGUAUAAUGGGUGCUUGAGACGGAAAGACUGCACAUAUAUAUUGAAAUCCUAAAAACAUAACAAAACAACCCAAGGAAAUGCACAGUGUGAAUUAUUAAGAGAGUAAAUCAUGGGUGAUAGCAUCGAGGACAAGGCAAUAAUCUUCAGUUUGAGGAUUUAGAAAUGGUGAUAAAAGAAAGACUGAAUGUGGACAAAAAAGAAAACUGAAAGAUAUUGACAGAGUGUAAAAAGUGAGAUGGAAAGGCAGGUACUUAAUGAUGGAUUGUGUCUUGCAUACUGAUGAUGUAAAAGAAAUGAAAUAAAGUAUGUAGGAUGUUUGUAUGUAAGACAAUGUGAAUGAUUGAAAGAAAAAUCUUGGUGACUUGGUGCCAUAUUUAUUUUGUGCCAGUUUUUGUUUGAGAGUUUAUGUAGGUUGUUUUGUUAUG